ACAAGCUUUCAAAAAUCAAAUCCUAAAGAAAGUGUUCUCCUCCUCAACGAUGAAUGCGACUAUGGAUGUCGAUACUGUAGACUUGUUACAAGACUGUGUUACAACUGACUGGUGCCAAAAGGAAGUUGUAACAGUUGGUGGGAGGAUCGAGAAGGCGGUGGAGUAUGUGGAUUUAAGCGAUAGUGUUCAUACUAGCAUGAGUACGAGCACAAACUCAAACGCAACGAUUAGUACAAGCACUCAUACGAGCAUAAACACGAGCACUCACAGCAACGAUUCGGUCACUUUUGCCAAAACGAGACGGUCGUGGAAAAGGCCGAAAGACAAACCAAUGCGCCCUCUGAGUGCAUACAACAUGUUCUUUCGUAAGUAAUUUAUGAUUACUACUGUUGGUGCUGUAAUUCCAUCCGCUUGUUUUGUACCAAUCGAUGCCUGUAGAGGCUUUGUAUUUCCACUGUUUUUGCCCUCUUUUCCUCAUGGUUUUCUUGGCAUUUUUGAUUUGAUUUAAUGAAGAAAAUAUGCGCGAACGAAUUGUGGCUGGAAAUCUGACGGAUCUAACCGCCGAAGAAGUCGAAGUCAGCGUCCAGACACUCCUGAAAUCCAAAAAACGCGGCCCCAAAAAGCGACAGGAACGAAAAAGUCACAAUCAAAUCAGUUUUGGAGAUCUCGCACGUACCAUCGCCACCAAGUGGAAGGCGAUCGAACCUGACAUUAAAGCAGUAUAUACCAAGUUUGCCAAGGCAGAAAAAUCCCGGUACACGAAGGAAGUACUGGCUUGGAAGAGAAAGAAGGAAAGCGAACUCCAUGCCGCAGCUUCGAGGCCUCGAACGGGAAAUGGAAGCAGCACACACAGCUUAAGCACUGCAAGUCUUAGCCAAUCUUGGAAAUCUCUCUCCCUACAGGGCUCGUUCUCGAAUGGUACCAACCAAGCAGAUUCUUCGAGCUCAUCCCUUGACGAGGUACUCAAGCGGCAGCGAGACAUUUUGGUGGAAAUGGGGUUUCCUGAAAAAGGUUUACGUGAAAGCGAUGCCGUUGCAAGGCAGGUGCCAGAUGCAGAACAGGAUCCAUGUCUCCAACAGCGGCGUGCAACCGGUUUCUUCCGAACUGGAGAUCCCAUUGGUUGUCAAAACUCCAAUACCAAUGGUUGCAAUGGGGACGAUAACAUUAGCCAAAAUUGUGAUACAUUGCCUGAGAACAUAAUGUUUGGUGACUGUGGCAGCGAAGAGCAGCGGCGGCGGCGGCAGCAGAGGGAUCAAAAGCAUUGGCAUCAGCAACAUCAAUCACAACAAGAGCAUCAACAGCAUGAUGUGGAAGAUUUUCAGGGGAGUGAAGUUGCGGAAUCACAAUUACAACCACAAACCAAAGGACAGCAUAUUCUUCUGCGAUUACAAGAACAACAGCUGCAACAACUCUGGGAAUUGCAGAAGGCUCGGGACGAAACUAGUCGUAUGAGUAACAUCACCACUACAAAUAUACUGAGCCACGUGCGUCAACCGAGGAUAAGCAAUUGUGACCAUUCAAAUGCAUUACAUUUGGGGCAACAGCAGCAGCGAUCACGAAUAGAAAAGCUUACGGAUUCGCAGAACCAAUGGUUAUCCAUGAUGGAGCAGUCGGAUUUGGUCCAGCUCAAGCGACUUGAAGAAAUCACCAAAAAGCUGGACGAUCUGAAGGAUCAGCAGCGACGUCUGAAGCAGCUCACAAAGGAUUGUCACGACAUGGACGAAUCAAUGUUUCGCGACGCUGGCAGCAAUCUUGCUAAGUCGAUCUCGAAGACCUACGAUCGAAUCAGCAACAAUGAUUUCUCUGCCAGCACAAGCUCUGAUUCUCCGAACAGUCCUGUCUUUGUCCGAUGCCAACUCAGUACCAGACAACCGACGGGUGGUUUGCUCCCCGAUGACAUUGCUGAGGGACAUCUCCUGGGAGGAAACAACAACGGUCUUGCUGCCGAUUUCAACCAGGCUUGUAGGCUAAACCAGGCGUUACAGUUUGAGUCAGCGUUUCUCUCUCAGCCAUGUUGUGAAUCGAUGCGAACGGAAGAUGGUCGGUUGGGUUCUGAAUAAUGCUGCGGUGAAUGCAAAAAAGGUCGAAGAGAUCAACAUCAAUACCAUCUCAAGUAAAACCACACAUCAAAAGAUCAGAAGAAGGAGAUUACACAACAAAGGAAAUAGAGAAAGAGAUAGUUU